AUGCGGCAUUCGACCACAUCACGACGGCAGCGCGCCGCCCCGACGUCUUUGCGCUCGACAUCGCUCUCCCGCCUUCUCCCGCUUGUUUUAUGCGGCACCGCCGCCGUCGCCAGCCCGCUUGGCCGCCUACCGCAGGUGUUUGCACGACCAGGCGGGUCGCAACGCGUGUUGGGCGAGGCGCCGGGGGAGGCAGAGUCUAGCCCGCGUCGCCUGCAUGGCAAGUUCCUGCAUAUCACAGGGAAAGGGCCGGCCGGCACGUACGGCGCUGAGACCUCCGACUGUGACACCCCCUACUCUCUUAUCAACGCCACGUUUGACUGGAUCGCCGAGAACAUUCGCGAUGACAUUGAUUUCGUCGUCUGGACCGGCGACUCAGCCCGCCACGACAGCGACGAGCGGAUCCCGCGCUCGCCUGCCCAGGUCCAAAACUCCAACCAGCUGAUUGCCGACAAAUUUGUCGACCUCUUUGAGGACCCUUCGGGUCAGGGCCUGCGCAUUCCCAUUAUCCCGACGUUUGGCAACAACGACAUCUUGCCGCACAACGUGCUGCUGCCGGGCCCCAACAAGUGGCUCAAGCGCUACACCGACAUCUGGUCGCGAUUUAUCCCGCUGGAGCAGCGCCACUCGUUUGAGUUUGGCGGCUGGUUCUAUGUCGAGGUGAUCCCGAACCGCCUCGCCGUCUUUAGUCUCAACACACUCUACUUUUUCGACCGCAAUGCCGGCAUCGACGACUGCAUCCACCCGUCCGAGCCGGGUUUUAAGCAGCUCGAGUGGCUGCGCAUCCAGCUGCAGUUUCUGCGUGAGCGCGGCGUCAAGGCCAUCCUGACGGGCCACGUCCCGCCGGCCCGCACCGGCAGCAAGCAGCUCUGGGACGAGACCUGCUGGCAAAAGUACACACUGUGGCUGCGCCAGUACCGCGACGUCAUUGUCGGCGGCCUGUACGGCCACAUGAACGUGGACCAUUUUAUGCUGCAGGACACGGAGGAGCUCAACUACAAACUGAUUGGUGCCUCGCGCGCCGAGAUCGAGGGCCUUUUGUUGGACGAGGACGAGGACGAGGACGAUGACGAUGCGUACGACUACGAUGAGCCUGAGGCAGCUGUCCGGACCAAUAUGGAGGACGACAUGGACAUUCUGUCAACGGCCGACUACCUGCAGGAGCUGCGCAGCGUGUGGUCCAAGCUUCCCAAGCCACGGUCACUCGACGACAGUGCCGUCGACGGCGCUGAAGUCGACGACGGCGAGGUGGAUCCGGAAAAGAAAAAGAAGAAGGGCAAGAAGGACAAGAAGAACAAGAAGAAGGAGGGUCCCAAGCUGUCGCGUAAGUGGGCUGAGCGCUACCAGCUCACGUUUGUCAGCCCCAGCAUCGUGCCCAACUACCUACCUGCGCUCCGUGUCGUCGAGUACAACAUCAGCGGCAUGGAGGACACCGAGGUCUGGACCGACGGGCCGAGCCUCGUGCCCGUCCUCCCUGAGGACGAGCUGCCCCCACUCCGUGAGGAGAAGAAGAAGGGCAAGAAGGGGGAUAAGGGCGAGAAAGGCGAAAAAGACACGGACAAGGACAAGAGCAAGGGCAAGAAAGACCCAAAUCUCGUCGUCCCCAAAGGCCCAGCCAAGACGGCCGAGCCUGGCCCCGCCUACUCGCCGCAGCCCCUCACCCUGCGCGGCUACGUACAGUACUUUGCCAACCUGACAUACAUCAACAAUGACAUGACAGUCGGCGUUGGCGGUGCUGAUGGUGGCAACGACGACGGCGACGACGGCGGCAACGUCGAGAGCGACAAGUGGCGCGAGGGCGACCACAGCGACAAGUCGCCCAAAACGAGCCCUGCGCAGCCGCACAAGUUUACGUACCAAGUCGAGUACAGCACCUUUACCGACAAGAUCUACAACCUGUCCGACAUGACCGUCAACAGCCUGCUGGAGAUGGCCUACCGCAUGGGCAAGAAGACGAGCAAAAAGUCGGUCGCUGAUGUUGGCGGCGACGAGGUCGUCAAAGACGGCGACGAUGCCGAUAAUGAUGAUAGCGACGACGAAGACGAUGCCGACUUUGAAGAUGCCGGCGGCCAGAAGAAGAAGAAGAAGGACAAGAAAACGAAGGAGGAGCAGAACGAGGUCUGGCUGCACUUUUUGCGCCAUGCCUUUGUGUCGUCGGUCAGUGUUGACAAGCUAAAGAAGAUUGGCGAUUAG